CUUGAGAAUAGAAAUUGAAUACAGAUUUAUUCAACUAAUUAUAUUUCGAUAUGUACCAAACAAUUUAUUUUUACAUUAUUCAACAGUUAUUAUUAUUUACCGCGAAGGUAGAGCCAUUAAGCGGUCAAAAAAUCGUAGAAGCUAAUGAUCUAGAAUUUCCAUUCAUGGCAUCUAUUCAAGAUAACAAUGGAUACCAUUUAUGUUCAGGAGUACUUAUCACGAACCAUUUCGUCAUAACAGUUAAGCAUUGCCUAGAAAGUGAAAUACUAAGGCAUAUUCGAAUUGCAUUUGGUAUGACCGAUUUGCAACAAACUUUUCAAAGGUGUAAAAUAUCCGGAUAUUACACCUACGAUGAUUGGGCUGCUAGACUACAUCUGUCGGAAGGAAGUGAUACAGAGAAUAUUGCUAUGGUAAAGUUAGUACGACAACCUCUGAAUGCGGUCCCCGUUCAUUUGAGCAAAUUUAAUAAACAACAAGUUCAAGGAAAAAUGGCGAUGAUUUUAGGAUGGACUCGACGUCAAAAUGCUGAACAAUUGACAAAAGGAAUCGUAAAGAUUUUGAAGAAUGAAGACUGUUCAAAGAUGAUGCAUCGAAUAACUAAUAAAAAUUUUUAUAUUAGUUCAAAAACAAUAUGUACCUUUGCCGAACCUUAUGUUUUAUUAGAGAACGGAGAUCUUGGAGGACCAUUGUUAGAUCAAGAUGGAGACCUUUUGGGUAUUAAUUUAUACUGUGGUCCAGGAAGUACUUUUUCUUGGGGCAAUUUCACCGACGACUUUAUACAAAAAUAUGAAGUGAAUCAUCAUGUUGACCUCACUCAUCAUAACCUUCGACGUUUUGUUAUAGAAAUAUCAUUAAUUGAUUAAUUAGUAAACACUCAUAUAGCAAUAAAAAAAUUUGAUUAUAUGAAGUUAAUAUGUCACGGCUCGCUUACUUUAACAAAUCUUUAUUUGUUGAACAAUAUAUUUAUCAACAUAAAUAAAACUAUUCAUAUUCGUAUCAGUCCAGGCAUGUGCAGUAAAUAAGUCAUAAGAUAAAAACGUGAGCGCUAAAAAGCUGGAAACGAUAAGUUGUCUAUAAAAUAGAGUUGAAAAAAUUGUCGUAAAGUUGUUUUACUUGUUGAG